AUGUCAAUGUCAGCUUUUCUGCAGAAGUGUUGUGUGAGUGCGUAUUGUGGUGUUUUAAAAAUAAGAUUACCUGUAAGAUCUAUUCAUACGUACAAAAUGGCAGAUAAACCAACGGAUUAUUCGACUGCCAAUGGUUUUGAGAGCAAAACUCCGUUCCUGAUCGGUGUGGCAGGUGGUACGGCCAGCGGCAAGUCGACAGUAUGUCAACGCAUCAUGGAGAAGUUGGGCCAACAGCACAAGGAGCAGACAGAGCGCCGUGUAGUCUGCAUCAGUCAGGAUUCAUUCUACCGCACUCUCACACCCUCAGAGAGGCUCCGAGCUGAACGAGGACAGUUCAACUUUGAUCACCCUGAUGCAUUUGAUGAUAAGAAGCUUCUUGCUAUCCUGAAAGAUAUCCUAGCUGGCAAGAAGGUGGAGAUCCCAGAGUAUGAUUACAUUACCAACUCUAUUAGCCCACAUCGCUCGCACACAAUCUACCCUGCUGAUGUGGUGCUGAUCGAAGGAAUCCUGGUGUUCUACUUCCCGGAGGUGCGUGAACUGUUCCACAUGAAGCUCUUUGUCGACACUGACUCCGACACCAGGCUUGCUAGGAGAGUGCCUCGCGACAUAAUGGAGCGCGGCCGUGACCUGGAGCAAGUACUGAACCAGUACAUGAACUUUGUCAAGCCAGCCUUUGAGGAGUUCUGCUUACCGACCAAAAAGUUUGCUGACGUCAUCAUUCCGAGAGGAGCCGACAACCUAGUGGCUAUUGACCUUAUCGUGCAUCAUAUAUGGGAUAUCAUGUAUAAGAAGAGGGCUUCACCGCCGAAGAUUGUGAAUGGAUGCAAUGGACAUCAGGAGGUGGACGAGACUAAUGGACGGCGGAUGUCUGGCAGUUCUGAAGACACCCUGAGCCGAUAG